UUGAAAAAUAUGAGUCGGCCAAUGUAACGGCUGAAGAGGAGAACCUUGAAACGGAAUGUUUUAGUUUAGGUAGGAAAGAGUGUAAUGGAUUAAACCCGCAUAACAAUGAUCAUCCCGGUUGUAACGGCUCUGACAACGAUUAUAUGCAAGAGACGACAAUCGAUCAUAACCUGGAUAAAUUAGGAAGGAAAUUA